UCAAACAGCCGACGAUAUGGAGCUCGAAGAAGCACACCUCACCAACCCCAACAACUUCCCUACGAAACUGCCUGGUGAAUAACCCCAAAAAUCAAUCAAUAUGUUGGGAUCCCUGUGGUGUUUAAAGCAGAGCUGCUGUCACCUCAGAAGCAAAUGUUUGACACCAUUGACUGUUUCAAAACGACCAACUUUACAAGUUUAAACCGCCAGCUGAAUCUUUGUCGGUUCAGGAAGAUGACCCAUGGCCCCAGGGGCUCGGGAAAAUAAUGAUUGCUCAAUGGACAGGAUACAACACACCUUCCAACUUCAAACAAGAUCCAUCCAAACUGCUGGUGAAUCUAAAGAGGCUGAUGAGCAAAAACAAGGCGAAGAUGGAAGCUGCCCAAUAAGUGAACUGUCGGUCCCCCAAAAGUUUCCGGCGACUCAUGGCCAAUAGUGGUGGUGGUGAGGAGGAGGUCAAAGUAGAGAAAAGAGAUUCACUCAAAUUGUCAAUCACGUCUGUACCCUGUAUUUAAAAUGAAACAAGUAACUACAGUAAUUUAAUUGCCAAUAACACAAAGAACAGUCUUAUUUGUGCCAUAGCAUGUGUUUCAUAAUUUCUCAGCCUUGCUAUAAUUCGGUUUCUACAGGUUACAUGUUUGUUCGACAGGUACACCGACCGUCUCCUUACCAACAUUACAACCAAAGCAGAAUCCAGACCAUGAAGGAGUAUGAUUGGACCCCCAUCCCACCCCGCGGCUGUAUCAUGGGUCAUGGGGAUGUCCCCUCCCCUACGACCAUCUACACAGACAAGGGAAUCCCCAUAUCCGUCAUCCACCCCUUCCCUUCAGACACUUCCUGCUCUGUGCAGUCCAGUCCAGCUACUGCACACAUCCAGCAGGGUUCACAAAGCCUGGCAAACGCUAGGCCCAAGUUCAACACCUUCAUCCCUCACCAUGCUGGUUUUUAUUCCCCUGGUUCAAUGUUCAAUGGACUCAAACUGUCAUAGUGUCCACCAGACAACUCCCUCAUACUCUCAUUACAGCUACUACCAGCCAACCUGUCCUGUGGGGUUUCUGUAUCAUGGCAAUCAAAACCAGGACUGGCAGAGCAGGGAAAACAAGGAGACCAAGAAGAGUGAAGUCAACUUGGACACAGUUUUCCAGAUAGUGGACGAGCUGCACCACAGUUCCCCCAAAAUACGCAUGGUCAAACUGUAAACCCCAGAGCGCCAGCAGCCGGUCCUGGCCACCUCUAUAUCAUCAGGGCCCCAGCCCACCACCAAUAUCAACAGCUCACCAUCUCUUCCCAGAUUGACUCCUCUGUCAAAUCCAGCUUCCUGCCUGGCACAAUACUGAUGGAUGCCAGCACAGUGACUCCAUGAGGGUCCAUCAUUAUCAUUAACAGUCCCGGUGAACAUUCCUUCUCAGGGAAUUGCCAUCAUGGUCGGUGGUCAUGCAGCUGAUCAGCCAGUCAAGAGGGAGGAGGAACCUUUGCCUGUCGACGCCUAUCAGAAGGUUAGCUAGCCUAGCUUAGUAAAAACAUGGUACAUGGAGGCUAUUAUUCAUCAAGAAACAAACCAGUGUACCUAAGCUCAUCGUAUAGUUUAAUAAUUUGGGGUUUAAAGAAUUUAGAAUUGUGAAUGUAAAGAGAAAGCAAAGAUACUCAGUCCGUAUUCCUUGGUAAUAAAUAUUUUUAAAAACAUGUAUCAUAUGAAUGGUUAUCAGGGAUCCUGAUGAACUCUGUUUUAUAAUAAGAGGUUGAUCAUGCUGUGAUUUAUCCCAGUGCCCUAAGGAAGCAUCCAAGUACAUCACCAAGGUGAAGGACGUAAAGGAGAUCAAGGGGGUGGAUGCAGAGGUCUUCAGUGUUGUACAUGACGUUUCAGUGUUGUACAUGACGUUUCAGUGUUGUACAUGACGUUUCAGUGUUGUACAUGACGUUUCAGUGUUGUACAUGACGUUUCAGUGUUGUACAUGACGUUUCAGUGUUGUACAUGACGUUUCAGUGUUCUACAUGACAAGUUUCAGCAUCCUGGCAGAGGCAUCUAGGUUUUUAGCUAAAAUGUCCUGGUACUGGGUAAAGUUCAUGAUACCACCACCAUAUUUUACAGUAGGUAUGGGGUUCUUUUCUGCAGAUGCAACUUUCUUUCGAUGGUGUGUGUGGCCAAAGAGCUUUAUAUCCAUGUACUCAACAAAUGUAUAUGCCUGGUGUUUGCUGAACAGCGUUGGCACUUGGAUUGCAACUACUGCUAUGGUUAGAUGAAAAUGAAAAUAAAGCUCUUUGGCCACGCGCACCAGUGAAGAGUUUUGCGUCGAAAGAACAAUGCAUAUGCAGAAAAUACCUCAUCUCUACUGUAAAAUAUGGUGGAUGUUAUGGGGCUAUUUUGCUUCUACAUGUCCUGGGGCCCUUGUUAAGAUCAACGGCAUCAUGAGAUUUACCAAAUACAAGGAGGAAAUGUUUGCCAAAAACCUAGUUUCCUCUGCCGGAGUGGAUCUUCCAGCAAGACAAUAACCCCAAUUACAUAAAUGGUUAAUUGGCCACAAAAUCAACAGUUUGCAGUGGCACUCUGUCUCCAGAAUUGAACCCAAUUUGAAAAUCUGUGGUUUGAACUGAAGAGGGCAGUCCAUGAGCACAGACAAAGGAUAUCAGGGGCCUGGAAAGAUUCUGUAUUGAGUAAUGGUUUAAGAUCCCUCUCAAUGUGUUCUCCAAUCUCAUAAAACAUUUUUAGAAAAAGGCUGUGAAAAGCAACAAAUCUAUUUUAAC